CGCUAAAGUGAUGGGAUUUAUAUCUCAGGUUCAGGAAAAUAAGUGGUCUGGCAGCCCUCGGCUAGCAAAAACAGAUCACUGAAACUGUAUUAGUACCAGAAACAAUUAACCGCCUUCACAGCAGCAAAGCAACUAACUCUCUCUAUAAAAAAAGAAGUCUGUUUGGUAAGGGGGUUUUCACUCAGGCCAGAGGGGAAAAUAAACAGUAGCGCGCGACACAAAGACGCUUUUUACCUCAGCUAGUCAUCGAGAGUGACGUUUGACCUUCAGCGGAGCGUUUACGUCUUGCACGAGGAUCCUGCCGGCAGCCAGCGCUCCACACAGACAUCUGAUCUGAUCUGGAAUGACACGAAGAAACAGACCGAGACAGACUAGAUCCAGAAGAACCGUGCGGCGUCUCCAAGAUGCUUCACGACCGCCUUCACCAGAGUGAGAUUUAUUUAACUAAUCAAUAGGUCGAAUGAUGAUAGGCUAUUGUAUCAGAUAUGAAGCUGUAUAGGCUAAAUGUCAAAAUGGGAAUGUAGCCCCAACCCUGCUAAAACACACAAAAUGUCACUUUUCUGUUCUACAGUUAUUUUAUUACAUUGCAUUACACUAUAUUUUAUAUUAUCUUCAUGUUAGCUGCAGUAUGCCCGGACAUGAGCAUGCAAUAACCUGCUUGCUCGUGCCCCAGUCUCAGCCUCAGCUAAAUAAAUAGGCUGUCUUCUGCCCAAUAGCUGACCCGAUAAAAUCAGUUCAUCGAAACCAGGGAGGGGCAUAUGAGUUUAUAAAACAGCCAGUGAACUGUCAAGUAGCCCGUGUUUACUAAAGGUUACCGGCCCCCCGACUCCUCCACACCUCUACACAUCACUGAGCAACCGACUGACUCGGGACCAUGAGUGGCUCAGACAUCCUGACCGGACUGAUCACGCUGGGGCUGUUUGUCGUCAUGUGCUCUGGGCAAACUUCCCAAGAACUCACAGACGACUCACAGCCGUCCCGGCAGGAGACAGAGGACGAACUGGUCGAGGCUAUGACAGCACUUUUGGGAAGAUAUCAGCCUCAUCUUCCAUCUUCAGAAAAGCGUGGCAUUCCUCAGUGCGCCGUGGGGUCCCGCUGUGCCAUGAGACUGGGUCCUCGCUUUGGGAAACUGUGUGAAUGUGUCAGAGGAUCUAACUGUAACUCAUUUCUCUUAAAAUGCAUCUGAGUCUGGAUCUGUAAAGUCAUGCACCUGAAAGAGGAAGAGGGUGGAAAUCUGUUUUCUGAAUCACUGCGAGGUCUAUGAUAAGCACUCGUCGAAAUGCAGCAUGACAAGCAAAGCAUGGGUUUAAUGUGUUUAUUGUCUGUCUUGUGUUAUCAA